AUGGAAUGCCAUUGUGCUUCUGGAAGGCAGUGUGUGGUGUGGGUGAUGAAAUAUAUGAGGGACUGUGUGUGUGGAACGAGAGAUUAUGUCUCUCUUGCAUUUGGGCUCAUCAGUUUGUUCAGCUGGGCAGUUGCAGAAGUGCCUCAGAUUAUUACUAAUUUUAAGAAUGGAUCCACAGAGGGUGUCUCCCUUGGCUUUCUCAUGGCAUGGGUUGUAGGGGAUCUUUUGAAUCUUAUUGGGUGUUGGCUGGAGCCAGCAACUCUACCUACACAGUUAUACACGGCACUGCUGUACACAAUUAUGACCAUAUUUCUAGUUUGCCAAAUCAUAUACUAUGAUCAUAUCAGCAAGUGGUGGAAAGCUUGGAAAGCGAUCGGUCAAUCUAAGAUUCAACCAAAGUCAGUCUUCUAUUCUAAAGAAAAUGACAAUAAGAAGGCAGAGCCUGUGAAAGUUCCCGAUGGAAUGAUCUACUCAUCUGAAUCUGCAGCGAAAGUCAAUUCAGACACUAAUAAACCAUUUAGUGGGACACCUGUAUCGAGUUUACCUAUACCUUUUGUUUCUUCUUGUGAGAGGCCCAACACAGUGAGGGGUCUAUAUUACAUGUCCGCGAGAUCUCUAGCAAGCAGUCAUACUCCUCCUCUGGGUUCAUAUCUCUUACACUCCGGCGAAUCUUAUAGAAGCAAUAUCUUUAGCCAAUCGUCACUAGACGAGGAAGAAGUACUCACCAAUCUUAUAUCUCUAACCCCUAAGCAUUCCAAGACAAUCCUUCGCUCUGUAGCUUCAACAAUAUUUUUUAUUGGCUGGAUGGACUACUUGAAAUCGCCUGCUUCAAACAACAUUGCUUCAAUUCUUUACUCUUCUCAUUCACAAAGGAGAUCUGUUGUUAUAAUAACAGGAAGGAAACUUUUGCAGGGAAUGGGUAGCAGUGCAGUUGGGAGCUCAAUGAUCCAAGAAAAUGCAUCAAGCCCAUUAGGAACAUGGUUGGGGUGGCUUAUGGCUGCUAUCUAUAUGGGUGGAAGGCUUCCACAAAUCUGUUUAAAUAUUAAUAGAGGGACCGUUGAGGGACUGAAUCCACUAAUGUUCUUGUUUGCUCUAAUAGCGAAUGCAGCCUAUGUGGCAAGUAUUAUUGUAAGGACUCUCGAGUGGGAAAAAUUAAAGCCAAAUCUGCCAUGGCUGGUGGAUGCUGGAGUAUGUGUUCUAUUAGACUUUUUUAUUCUUGCCCAGUUUCUUUAUUAUAAGACAAGGAAUAGUAAUGAUGAAGAAAGUUUAGAUUACGAAGCUGUUAAAGAAGUAGCAUCUUAA